AUGGCGACCGCCGCAAUUCAUAAUGUCUCGGAUGAGACCCUCAAGGACCCUAUAGUGUCUGUGGAUGAGAAGUCCACCCAACCUGAAUCGACCGAAGCGGAUACCGGCUCGGGAGAGAAGGCCAAGAAGAAGAAGAACAAAAAGAAGAACAAGAAGAAGAACAAGUCUGUCUCUGAACCUGCCGCAGGAGAGGAGGCCAACGAUGCUGCCGAAACGGAGCCGGUGGUAGGGGAGACCGCGGAGGAAGCUACACAAAACGGAACAGAGACCCCAGCUGUCGAAACUCCCGCAGAGACUGAGGCAGAGGCCUCGGCCGUGGAGGAAUCGAAGCCCACAGAGUCUGCCGAACCAGCAACAGAAGAAUCUCAGCCUGCUGUUGAGACCCCCGCUACAAAUGGGGAGUCCGUCGAAACACCUGCUGAGGCCCCCGCAACCGAAUCCAACGAGCCCGAAGCUCCUAAGGCCGAAGAGACAACCACCGAAGCCACCAAGGACGAGCCUGCUGCAGAGACUGUCACAGAAGAAGCUACUGCUGAGCCCGUUGUUGAGGAAUCGAAGCCUGUCGAGACAUCGUCAGAGCCAGUCGCCGAGACUCAGGAAUCCAUUGCGGAGACUGCUGAAACCACAAAUGAAACCCCGGCUGUCGAAGAGACUGUUGCUGAAGUCACAAAGGAGGAGCCCGCCACAGAGAUCGCCGCAGAGGAAGCUACUGCUGAGCCCGUCGUGGAGGAAUCACAGCCCGCUGAGGUUGCGCCAGAGCCGGUGACCGAGGAGGCUCCCAAGCAGUCCACUACGGAGAGUGUCGAAACCACCACCGAAGCUCCGGUCGUCGAGGCCUCUGAAGAAACUCCCAAGGCCGAAGAAAUUGAGGCUCCUAAGACCGAAGAGACCACCGCGGAGGCCGCCACAGAAGAAUCUGUCGCCGAGCCUGUUGCUGAGCCUGUUGCUGAGCCUGUUGCUGAGCCUGUUGCUGAGCCCGUUGUCGAGGGAUCAAAGCCCGUUGAGUCUGCACCGGAGCCAGUGACCGAGAAGGCUACCCAGGAGCCUACCGUGGAGACCGUCGAGACCACCACUAAAGCCCCAGUCGCUGAUGCUCCUGAGGAGGCACCUGAGGUUGAGGAAGAGGAGGCUCCUAAAGUCGAAGAGACAGCUGCCGAGGUUGUCAAGGAUGAGCCUACCAUCGAGGAGCCUGUCGCCGAGCCCGCCGUCGCGGAAUCGAAGGAGACCGAGACUACUACUGAGGUGAAGGAGGAGGUCGCUCAGGAGCCUAUCACCGAGAGCGCCUCAGAGCCUACCCCCGAAUUUGUUAAGGAAGACGCUGCCACCGAAGCUGAAGCCGUCGAAUCCACCAAGGAAGCUACAAAGGCCGAGGAGACCAUUCCAGAGGUUGACCAGAAAGAGCCCGUUGCCGAAGUCACCACCGAGGAGAAUGUCAAGGAGAUCAUUGCUGAGGAGUCGCCUGUAGAAGCCGCCCCUGAGCCUGUCAUCGAAGAUAAGCCGGCUGCCGAAGAGACAUCUGUCGCUGCUGAGGAAUCAAAUGUUGAGCCGGCUGCCACCGAAGAGCCCGUCGAGGAGCCAGUCACCGUAGAGUCCGCGGCUUCUAAGGAACCCUCUGUGGUGGAACCUCCUAUGGAGAAGGUCGCUGAGCCCGAGACUGCUGCUGAAGAGCCCGCUCAAAUCGGGACAGUCGUUGAGCAGCCCGCGGCCGAGGAGGUAAAGGAGGAAAUCACUGCCCCAGAGACCGCCACUGCCGUAGAAGUCUCUGAGCCAACUAAGGAGGUUUCGGAGGAGACUACUGCUACAGAGCCUGUUGUUGUGAAGGCCCCCGUUGAAACAGCUUCGGUUGAAGAGACCCCUGCUGAGGUUGAGCAUAAGGAGGUUAUCGAGGAGCCUACCAAGGAGCCCGCUGUUGAAGUUCCCGUUGCUGAGGAGGCCCCCGUCGCUGAAGCCCCUGUUGUCGAGGAGACUCCCGCUGUCAAGGAGGCCCCUGUUGAGGUUCCCGCCGUCGAGGAGACCACUGUCGCUGAGGAGACCCCCGUUGUCGAGGAGGCCCCCGUCGCUGAAGCUCCCGUUGUCGAGGCUCCCGCUGUCGAGGAGACCCCCGCUGUUGAGGAGACUCCCGCUGUCAAGGAGACCCCCGCUGUCGAGGAGAUCCCCGCUGUUGAGGAGGCCCCCGUCGCUGAAGCCCCUGUUGUCGAGGAGACUCCCGCUGUCAAGGAGGCCCCUGUUGAGGUUCCCGCCGUCGAGGAGACCACUGUCGCUGAGGAGACCCCCGUUGUCGAGGAGGCCCCCGUCGCUGAAGCUCCCGUUGUCGAGGCUCCCGCUGUCGAGGAGAUCCCCGCUGUCGAGGAGACUCCCGCUGUCAAGGAGACCCCUGUUGAGGUUCCCGCCGUCGAGGAGACCACUGUCGCUGAGGAGACCCCCGUUGUCGAGGAGGCCCCCGUCGCUGAAGCUCCCGUUGUCGAGGCUCCCGCUGUCGAGGAGACCCCAGCUGUCGAGGAGGCCCCUGUCGCCGAAGCCACCGCUGUCAAGGAGGCUCCUGUUGAGGUUCCUGUCGUCGAGGCUCCCGCUGUCGAGGAGACCCCCGUUGUCGAGGAGACCCCCGCUGUUGAGGCUCCUGCUGUCGAGGAGAUCCCCGCUGUCGAGGAGACUCCCGCUGUCGAGGAGACUCCCGCUGUCGAGGAGACCCCUGUUGAGGUUCCCGCCGUCGAGGAGACCACUGUCGCUGCCGAGAUCCCCGCUGUCGAAGAGGCCCCCGUCGCUGAAGCCACCGUUGUCGAGGAGACCCCCGCGGUCGAGGCUCCCGCUGCCGAGGAGGUUUCUGCUGUUGAGGAGAUCCCCGCUGUCGAGGAGGUUCCUGCUGUCGAGGAGAUCACCGUUGUUAAGGAGGUUCCCGCAGCCGAGAUCCCCGCUGUUGAGGAGGCCCCUGUUGAGGUUCCCGCUGUCGAGACCCCCGCUGUCGAAGAGGCUCCUGUUGACACUACGCCACCUGCUCCAGUUGAGGAGCCCGUGACUACUAAUGAUGUUCCUAUCGCCAAGGAAGAGGAGCCUGUGGUGGAAGCCUCUGAGUCCGAGGCUGACGCUAAGAUCCAGGAAUUUGCGCCACAACAAUCUACCGAUCCCGAUGUCUACGGCGCAUUACUUGCUGGUCUUCGGCCCGCGAGCUCGUGGGCACCGAAACCCGCUGCUGUAGAGGAUUCCGCGAACAAGGAAGUUGAAGAGGCUCCCCAGGAUCAGUCUGCUGAGGAAACCGCUAAGGAAGCCGCUCAGGAAACCGCUGAGGAAACUGGCAAAGACACUGAUUUGACCGCUGAGGUUCUUGGCGCUGGAGCGGCGGCCGCUGCUACCGCCACAGGUAUUGCUGUUGCUGCGGCCGUGCACCAGUCCCACGAGGAAGCUGAGAACCAGACUGAGGCCAAGACUGAGAGUGAGGCACCUGCUGCAGAGGUGCAGCCUGAAGACAGUAAGCCUUUGCUCUCAGUCCCUGCAUAUAACGCGUCCGUACCGUCCUUCGAAGCUGAUUCGGUUCUCGCAGCACUUGUUGGCGAUGGCGAAGCCCUUCUCCAGAAGCUCAACCAGCCUUCCACCGACCAAUUGACCUCGAUCACAAAUAUCCAAGCACCACCCGCACAGCGCCCUGUUGAGAACCAACAGACUAAGGCAGUCCCUGAAAGCGAGCCCGCUACCGAGUCCAGCCAGAAGGCUUCCGCUCCUGCGCCUGUCCCCGAACAACUCACUCCCCCCACCACAACCACUGAUAACGGAGAUGAAGAUGCUCGUCCUACGAGCCAGAGUCGGUCAGUCGCCGCUCUUUCCAUCAAUAAUGCAUCUGAUAAUUGGCUCAAGGCGCUCCUGCGCACGGUCUUCAAAAGCGUUGGACGCAUGUUCCGUCCUUGGUCAUGGGGCAAGCAAUAG